UCCUAAGAAAACCCGCAGUUUUAGUUUAUUAGAAUUUAUUAAAAUGUCAGACAGUAAUAAUAUAGAUAAAUAUGACGAUGUUCUAACAUCGAUAUUGGUGAAUGAAAAAUCUAUAUUGGGAUUUUUGUCUUCUAUUUUCAAUUUUUUAGCUCGAAGAACUGAUUUCUAUUAUGUGCCUGAAGAUAAAUAUGAAAACAUGGGAUUUCCUCCAGGCGUUGCGGAGGAACUGGUAAUCAAAGUUUUACGUACUUGUGACCCAAAGAAUUAUAAAUCAUGUAGCAAACCAACAUCGGAGAUAAACAAUGAAAUCAUGUGUGAUACAGUAGCUGAGGAGGUUGAGGUAAUUGCUGAGGAAGACACUACUCAAGAUGAUGAAUAUACUGCAGAUGAAGCUCACAGUAGUGGUGAUUGCGCACAAGAUACUGCGAAUGAACAUGAAGAACAAUCGAAAGACAAGAGUAAUUUCCCCGAGGAUUAUAAGCCACCAGUGAUACCGGUCCAGAAAAAUAGUGAAUCUUAUAAUGGCGCGAUUAGGGAACAGUAUUCAUGGGCUCAGACUAUCAUGGAAUUAGAUGUAACUGUAAAACUUCCACCGAAUACAAAAUCUAAAGAUUUAAAAGUGGUAAUAAAUAAUGGGGACAUUUGCAUACAAUGUAAGAAUGGAGAUACCAUUAUAAAGGACAAGCUGCCAUUUAAGAUCAAAGCAAGUGAUAGUGUGUGGAGCAUAAGCGAAGGGAAACUCUUAAUUCAUCUGGAGAAAGUACAAGAACGAUGGUGGGAUAGAUUUCUCAGUGGUGAAGAACCAAUUGAUUUAAAUAAGAUUGAUGCUUCAAGGCCUCUUGAUGAACUACCCGAAGAUCACAUUGCUAAGGUUCGAGAAUUGCAAUGGAACCAAGAGCAGAAGCUGAAAGGUUUACCGACUAGUGAUGAAAUCCGUAAUAUGGAAAUAUUAAAAAAAGCCUGGAAUGCUGAAGGAUCUCCUUUUAAGGGACAAGAAUUUGAUCCAAGUGUACUGCAAAUACAAUAAAAUUUUAGUUGAGAAAGUUUAUUUCAAUCAAAAAUA